AUCCGCUACAAAGUUUAUCGGAUGAGGAAUUUAAACUUAGAUACCGAUUUAGUAAAGAUAACAUGAGUCGUAUCAUAGAAAUAGUGAGACCUGAUAUCCAGGGCGAUACUCGAGGUGGCAGCAUACCUGUAGAAUUGCAAGUAAUGGCAGUAAUCAGAUAUUGGGGCCGUCAUGAGAUUCAAGAGGACAACGCUGACAUUCACGGCAUGAGCCAGCAGAUUCUGUCGCGCUUGUCCCGCAAAGUGGCGAUAGCCUUGGCUUCGAAAAGCUCGCGUUAUAUCAAAAUGCCGUCAAAUAUAUCGGAAGAGAUUAAUGCGAUCCGAAAAUUUGAAGUCAUUUGCGGGCUUCAGGAAAUAACUGGUGCUAUAGACUGCACUCAUAUUAAAAUAAGGAGGGUUGGUGGAGAUGUGGGCCAAUACCAUGUAAAUAGAAAAGGCCAUUAUUCUAUUAACACCCAAGUUGUCUGUGAUGCAGAUAUGAAGAUCUGUGACAUUGUAUGUCAUUGGAGGGGAAGUACACACGAUGCCCGAAUUUAUAGGGAAAGCUCUAUUAAGAGGAGGUUUGAAGAACAGGAGUUCAUUGGGAAGCUCAUAGGGGAUAGUGGUUAUCCACGUACCCCUCAUCUUAUCACUCCAGUACUGACACCUAGAACUGAAGCAGAGCGACAAUUCAAUCAACGCCAUAUCCCGACCCGUAACAUUAUUGGAAAAUGUUUUGGAGUUUGGAAGCAACGAUUUCGGAUAUUGUUGGAGAUACAGCAAAUCUUCAAAGUACAGAUGAAGAAUGAUACUCGUCAAUAUCGGUCCAGCCGUUUCAGAUAUUAGAUGGAACAAACAGAGAGACAGACAAAAAUUAUAAAAAAAUGUUAUGUUGGUAUAAGUAUCAUGUAUGCAUACAUGUGAAUUUAG